AUGUCACCAAAGGCUAAGGAGGGGGAAGCUUUCUUCCCGCAAGAUGGGUUUGGCGAUAUGACCGACCACGAGAAGCAGGUCUAUCAGGGUGGUGUCCAGAAGUACAAUCAGCUGGGCUGGAAGCAGCUGACGAUUGUCCUGAUCGUUGAGGCUGUCGCUCUGGGAACUCUCUCGAUCCCGUCCACCUUCGCGACACUGGGCAUGGUGGCCGGUGUGAUCUGCUGUGUCGGUAUCGGUCUGAUUGCCGUGUACACCAGUUAUAUCAUCGGUCAGGUCAAGGUCAAAUUCCCGCAUAUCUCCAACUACCCCGAGGCAGGCCGACAGAUGUUCGGCCGAAUUGGCUAUGAGGUCGUCUACAUGAUGCUGUGUCUUGAGCUUCUUCUGUCUGCCGGUUCGCACUGUUUGACCGGAACUAUUGCGUUCGCCAACAUCACCGGAAGCAGCAUCUGCUCCCUGGUGUUCGGUGUUGUUUCGAUGAUCAUCCUGCUCAUCUUCGCCAUCCCGCCCAGUUUCUCCGAGAUGGCCAUUUUGGGUUAUAUCGAUUUCGUCUCGAUCAUUAUUGCCGUUGGAAUCACAAUCAUCGGAACCGGUGUUGAAGCCACCAACUCGACUGGUCUUUCUGCCGUUAACUGGUCGGCUUGGCCUAAGGAAGGCCUGACUUUCUCUGAGGCCUUCAUCGCACUCUCCAACAUCAUUUUCGCGUACAGUUUCGCUCUGUGCCAGUUCUCCUUCAUGGAUGAAAUGCACACUCCCACUGACUUCCCCAAGUCGAUCUGGUCCCUCGGUCUGAUCGAGAUCUUCAUUUACACCAUUACCGGCGCUCUCGUCUACGCUUUCGUUGGCCAGGACGUCCAGAGCCCCGCACUGCUUUCUGCCGGCAGCUUGCUCAGCCGUAUCGCAUUCGGUGUCGCUCUGCCUGUGAUUUUCAUCAGUGGAUCAAUCAACACAGUCGUGUUGGGCCGUCUAGUUCACGGACGCAUCUUCAAGAACUCCAACAUCCGCUUCGUCAACACCAAGAUGGGCUGGAUUACCUGGCUGGUCGUUGUCUCCGUCCUAACUGUUCUGGAGUUCGUUGUUGCGGAGGUUAUCCCCUUCUUCGACGACCUUCUAUCCGUGAUUUCGUCGCUCUUCGUCUCCGGAUUCACCUUCUACUUCCCGGCCAUCAUGUGGUUCAUGUUCAUUCGCCAGGGUAGCUGGUUUUCUACGAAAAACAUCGUCUACAGUGUUGUGAACAUUCUCGUUCUUAUCAUUGGUUUGAUUGUGUUGGGUGCUGGUACCUACUCCAGCAUUGUCGAUAUAAUCAAAUCUUACGACGAGGGCACUGUUGGUGGUGUUUUCUCUUGCUCGUCUACAUAG